AUGGCCCCUCCACUGGAAGACAGCGGCACAGCCGCACCCAACACCGCGUCGCAACAACCUUCGUUUGUCCAGUCACUCAGGUCUUAUUUCACCCCCACCACCACACCCGACUCCAAAAAUGGCCAAGCCAACAUGCAAGAUGCGAACGUCCCGACAAAGUCCCGGGGCCUUUUAUUCCUGGAGAAAAUUCCUCCGCGAUGGCGUCUUCCCAUCUUCAUCAUCCUCAUCAUGCUUGCUAUCAUUUGCAUCGUUUUGUCCAGCGUCCUCAGCGUCGUGCUGUCACAUGGCACUUCGUCUGGCGCUGACGCCCCCAAGCAGCCCGAAGGUUUCAAGCCCAUCCUCCCGCCCGCCUAUCCUUUGGCCGUCAAGAACCCUUACCUCUCGGCAUGGAUACCUGGUGAUGAUGCCAUGGAACUUCCGAAGAACCAGGCCCAAUUCUGGGCUGGCCAAAAGCUUGGAUGGAGCGUCAUGGCCCAGGUCGACGAUAAGCUGUACAGCCUGUUCGGCAUGCCCAACCCGCAAGACAACGUAAGCUCUGCCACCGUUGACGGCGCCGAGUACACGUCUACGAGGUCCGACUUCAACUUGACCGCCGGCAACGCCAUGUUCACUCUUUCGUUCCUCUCACCCGUCUUUCCCGGCUCCGACGAUGCCAGUCUGAGUAAGCAGAGCCUCCCGCUCAGCUUCCUCACCGUCACCGCCCGCCCCAAGUCAGGACAGCCGGAUAUCAAGAUUUACUCCGACAUCGGCCACGAAUGGCUGGGUUUCCCGGAUGCUCCCUCGGGCAUUGCCCUUUCGAAGGCCAUCGAGGGUAGCACGCACAUGUGGACAUGGGAUCAGGAAGAGGCUGUGGUUUUUGAAGAGAGAGAGAACAUGGCAAAAUGGGGUCAGGUCUUCUACGCGUCUACUCCCCAGGAUGAUACUACCAUGACCAUGAGCUUCGGAGCCCGUGAUGAUAUUCGGACCGCCUUUGUCUCGAAGCUCGAACUGGAUGCGCUCAGCGACGCAGCCCCUCAGUACAAUGGCUCCGACAACCCUGUAUCAGCAUACGCGCACGACCUCGGCAAAAUCACCAACGAAAAGCAGGUCGUCUUCGGCAUCGGCAUGACGCGCGACAAGGGCAUCCACUUCUACGGCCGCAACGAGACCUACUACUACCGCUCCAAAUACCCCAAGGACUCGCAGCUCGUCAACGCCGUGGCCGACGCCUUCAGCAACUUGACCGCUACACAGGCUGCUUGCACAACCCUGGACAACAAAAUCGCCAGCGAAUCACUGCAGGUGGGCGGACAAAACUACUCGGACAUCACGACGCUCUCCCUCCGCCAAGUCUUCGGCGCCAUCGACAUCACCAUCCCGCACGACACCAAGGACACCAGCCAAGCCAACGCAUGGGUCAAGGAGAUCUCGUCCAACGGCGACAUCCAAACCCUCGACAUCAUCCUGCCAGCCUCGCCGCUCUUCUACUGGCUCAGCCCAGGCUACAUCCGGCUGAUGCUGCGGCCCAUCGUCAUCUACCUCGAGACGGGCGGCUGGCCGCACGAGUGGGCGGUGCACGACCUGGGCGACGCCAAGUACGAGCACGGCGGGUACCCGCGCGCCGUGGGCCACGACAACGGACGCAGCGAAGCCAUGCCGCUCGAAUCCUCGGGCAACCUGCUCAUCCUGGCCCGCAUGUACCACAAAGCCGCGGCGGACCGCUCCCGCGCCGCCCAGUUCGUCGCCGACCACAAGCCCCUCUUCACCCGCUACGCGACCUACCUCGAGCAACACGGCCUCGUGCCCGCCAACCAGCUCUCGACCAACGACGGCGCGGGCCCGCUCGUCAACCAGACCAACCUCGCCAUCAAGGCCGCCGUCGGCCUCGCCGCGUACGGCGCCAUGUACAACAACCAGACCGCGAUCUCGGCCGCGAAGGAUAUGGCCGACCGCAUCGCGACCAAGCGCUACGGCCUCGCGGCGGACGGCUCGCACCUGACCCUGCGCUACGGCCACGACGCGUCGUGGACGAACACCUUCAACCUCUUCCCGGACGUCCUCCUCGGCCUCGACACCUUCGAUUCCGACGUCGUCGCGCUGCAGAGCAACUGGUACACGCGCCUGCGCUCCAACGCGACGCUGCUGCUGUCCACCGACCCCCAUCCCUCCGACGGUAACGGCCAGGGCCACAACCAGGUCGAGCAGUCGACGUCCAGCGCGGAGCAGCAAGUCAUCGGGCUGCCCAUCGACUCGCGCGGCGACUACGGGUCGAGCAAUUGGAUGGCGUUUGCCGGGGCGAGCGACUCGGGCAAUGCGAAGUCGGAGGUCGGGCAGAUGUUCAUCAACGACAUCCACGGCUACCUGGCUAAUCGCCGCAAUGAUGUCGCUUUCUGCGAUCGGUUCUUCGUCUUGGGCCAGAAUGCGGGGAUGGCGAGUCCAGGACGCAGGAGCUUCAAGGCGAGGCCGGUUGUUGGUGGGCAUUUUGCUUUUCUGGCGAGGACGGUGUGA